UCAACUCCUUCAUUCCAUCGGUUCCUAAAUGAGAGGUUAGACCUCGAGCGCAUUUUCACGUCCAAGCGCUCAUUCCCCACGCCACGGCAAGGGUUCCUCUGACAAAAGUUUGGGAUAUUCUGAACCGCGACCUUACGGCCUCUGACCAGGGUAACCGUUUUGUUGUUGCGUGCAAGUUGGUGUUUGUGCCGGAGGUGAAGAACCUCGGUGCUAACCGGCUUACCUGUCCCAUCCGCCGGUCCGCGGUGCGUCGUGUCCUGGCAUCAGCGUUCCCAGUUUGGUCCUUAUCCAGUGGAACCAGCUGCAGCUGUGGGUGAACUUUCUACAAAAUUGUGACCUUUAGAGUGAAGAUGGGAAACCUCAGAGGACUGAGUGUCUUCAUUUUUCUGACUCUUGCUGUCUUCACCACCGCCAGACCAAAAUCAGGUCCUAAUCAGAAAUGUAAGUCUGGCCCGGUGGAUCUAGUCUUCCUCAUCGACAGCUCCCGCAGCGUAAGACCACAUGAGUUUGAGACAAUGAGGAAGUUCUUGAUCGACAUCCUGAACACACUGGACAUUGGACUAGACACCACAAGAGUGGGAGUUGUUCAGUACUCCAGCCAGGUUCGCAGUGAGUUCUCCCUCAAGACACACAGCAAGCUGGAAAACAUGGUGAAAGCCAUCAAUGAGAUCGUUCCACUGGCUCAGGGCACCAUGACAGGCCUCGCCAUCAGAUACCUGAUGAAUGAAGCUUUCAGUCCUGGACAGGGAGAUAGGCCAAAGGUCCCCAACGUUGCAGUGAUUGUGACAGAUGGACGUCCUCAGGACCGUGUGGCGGAGGUGGCGGCUGAGGCCAGAGAAAGAGGCAUUGAGAUCUAUGCAGUGGGAGUGGCCAGAGCUGACAUGACAUCACUAAGAGCCAUGGCCUCCCCGCCCUUCGAAGACCAUGUCUUCCUGGUGGAGAGGUUUGACCUUAUCUACCAGUUUGGACUGCAGUUCCAGGACAAGCUCUGUGGUAUAGAUCUGUGUCUGGAGUCUGAACAUGGCUGUGAGCAUCUCUGUGAAAGCUCCCCAGGAUCCUACACCUGCCACUGCCUGCCUGGAUACAGGCUCAAUGCUGAUGGGAAGACAUGCUCAGCCAUUGAUCUGUGUGCCGAGGGAAAGCAUAACUGCCAACAGAUCUGCAUCAGCUCACCUGGCUCUUUCACCUGUGACUGUAACCAAGGCUACCAUCUGAAUGACGACAAGAAGACAUGCUCACCCAUUGACCUGUGCGCUGAGGGAAAACAUGACUGUCAACAAGUCUGUGUCUACAUGGGUCCGGGCAUCUUCACCUGCGACUGCAACGAGGGAUACAGACUCAAUGUGGACAAGAAGAGCUGUGCACCCAUUGACCUGUGCACUGAGGGAAAACAUGACUGUGAACAAGUCUGUGUCUACUCGGGCCCCGGCAUCUUCACCUGCGACUGCAACGAGGGAUACAGACUCAACGGGGACGAGAAGACCUGCUCACCCAUUGACCUGUGCGCUGAGGGAAAACAUGGCUGUGAACAAGUCUGUGUCUACUCGGGCCCUGGCAUCUUCACCUGCGACUGCAACGAGGGAUACAGACUCAACGGGGACAAGAAGACGUGCUCACCCAUCGAUCUCUGUGCUGAGGGAAAGCAUGACUGUGAACAAGUCUGUGUGAACAUGGGCCCGGGCAUCUUCACCUGCGACUGCAACAAGGGAUACAGACUCAAUGAUGAUGAGAAGAGCUGCUCAGCCAUUGACCUCUGUGCUGAGGGGAAACAUGACUGUGAACAGAUCUGCAUCAGCGCACCGGGCGUCUUCACCUGUGACUGUAACAAAGGAUUCAAACUCAACAGGGACAAGAGAACUUGUACAAACAUGGACAUGUGCAACACGGUGAAGCAUGGCUGUGACUACCAGUGUGUAAACACCCCUGGAUCUUACCACUGUAUCUGUCCUGAAGGACAACUGCUUCAGGAUGAUGGCAAGACAUGCGGCACUUGCAAGUCUGCAAACAUCGACCUGGUGCUUCUGAUUGACGGCUCCAAGAGUGUCCGCCCUCAAAACUUUGAGCUCGUCAAAAAGUUUGUUAAUCAGGUUGUAGACUCUCUUGACGUGUCUGCUCAUGGUACCAGAGUCGGUCUGGUUCAGUACUCCAGCCGGGUCAGGACCGAGUUCCCACUCAACAUGUACCACACUGCUGAAGAUAUCAAAGCUGCAGUCAUGAAGGUUGACUACAUGGAAAAAGGAACAAUGACAGGUCUGGCACUAAAGCACAUGCUGGAAUACAGCUUCUCAGAAGCAGAAGGCGCCCGUCCAGCCAGUCGUAACAUCCCCCGCAUUGGACUGGUUUUCACAGACGGACGAUCCCAAGAUGACAUCAGCGAAUACGCCAAAAAGGCUAAAGAAGCCGGAAUCACCAUGUAUGCUGUUGGUGUGGGCAAAGCUGUGGAAGAUGAGCUGCGUGAGAUUGCAUCUGAUCCUGUGGAAAAACAUUUCUAUUACACAACAGAUUUCAGUGCCAUCAACACCAUCGCAGACAACCUCAAACUUAAUGUGUGCCCAGCGGAGAGUCUUCGGGAGGUUGAAGUAAAAGAUCCAUGUGCCUGUGAGAACCUGGUGGAGUUCCAGCAGGCCACCAUGAACAGACUGGAUCAGUUCACACAAAAACUAGCUUCUAUGGCUGCCCGUUUGGAACAACUGGAGAACCAGCUCCUCUCCAGGAAGUGAUGUGGUCAAACAGUGUGACCACACAUGAUAGCAGGACAGCUGGAGGGAAAAAGAAGAAAAAGACUCAUCCUGAAAAAACUUUAACCAAUUGAGAUCUACAGCAUGACACCCCUCACAUUAAAUAGAUGACUUUACAACACCUUCACAGGUCUUAGGAACUCUGUUAGAAAAACAUGACAGUGUAGCUGUUAAGAAUGUUGUAUUCUUUUUAAAAAAACCUCAAAACAUACCCCUGUUUUACAUAUUCAAUAUCUUUGUUUACUAAACAGCAUUUGUUACUGGUUUAUUUCUAACAAGCACGCCAAUCUAAGCAGGGUGUCUGUUUUUGUAAACUAGAUGUAAUGAGUGUAUCGUAGAUAAGAGAUGUCAGGUCACAACUAAAUUAUCAGGUUUCUUUACAGUCACAGUCAUUCAGUGCGAUAUUUAUACUGAACCCUUUUUACAGUUUGACAAAAUAUGUAUUGAUGGCAGAUUGCAGUUUUUAUUUUAAUUUUUUUAACCAACAGCAGAAACACAAAGACAACAAAGAAGGACAUGCGUUCUUGAUACCACUUCUAUCAACUCUCUGGCUUAUGUCACAUAAAAUCUUUUCUUUUUUGCAUCCAGAGCAAAUUCUCAAACCAAAUCAUCAAAAAGUAGAAAUGGCUUUAAAUUAUAUAAAAGGGAAUUUAAGAAAUUUUGAGUCUUAAUGUUUACUAAAGCUGUAGUGUUAAUUCAAUACAGAAAUCUGCCAAUGCUGAAGGACUUACUGCUUUUAUUUUAUAAGAAUAUUUAUAAUUUUCAGCUUUUAUCAAAUAUUCUGAAAUAUAAUAUAUAUAUAUUUGAGAAGCUACAUUAUUUGAUUUUAGAAAUUUCAUCCUAAAUUGAAAGGAAUUUCUUCUGUUAGCAUAGAUGUUAAAUUUUUUUGGUUUGUAUCAAUAAUACCAUCAUAAAUUUAUAGCCCUUAAUUUUGGAAUAUCUGUAUAAUUUUGUAUAUUUUCUAAUAAUUACUUUUGUAUUUUUGUAAUGAAUCUUUGUAUCAAACCAAAGAGGGCAAUAAAGGACUAAACAUUUUGCUGCUGA